GAGCGCAGCGAGGGGAGGAACCUGCAGGAGCCUGGGCCAAAGCCGGCCGGACCUCCCGCGCCGCCGCCGCCACGCGCCCCAUGGCUCCCGCCGCCCUCUGGGCCGUGCUGGCCUUCGGACUGCAGCUCUGGGCCGCGGGCCGCGCCGUGCCCGCCCAGGUGGUGUUCACCCCCUACGCCCCGGAGGACGGAAGCUCGUGCCAGUGGAGAGAAUACUAUGACGAGAGGGCCCAGAUGUGCUGCAGCAUGUGUCCUCCUGGCUACCACGUCCAGUCUUCCUGCACCAAGACCUCAGACACCGUGUGUGCCCCCUGCGAGGACAGCAUGUACACCGAGCUCUGGAACUGGGUGCCCGAGUGCUUGAGCUGUAGCUCCCGCUGCAGCUCUGAACUGGUAGAAGCUCAAGCCUGCACCCGGGAGCAGAACCGUGUGUGCGCCUGCAGGCCCGGCUGGUACUGCGUGCUGAAGAGCCAGCACAGGUGCCAGGUGUGCGCACCGCUGCGCAAGUGCCCCCCUGGCUUCGGUGUGGUCAAACCAGGAACCCCAACAUCGAAUGUGGUGUGUGCUGCCUGUGCCCCAGGGACCUUCUCAGACACGGCGUCAUCCACAGACACUUGCAGGCCCCAUCGGUUCUGUGAGUCGACGGCCAUCCCUGGCAAUGCAAGCAUGGACGCGGUCUGCACGCCUGUGCUCCCCUCCCUGCGUGUGACCACAAGCGUAGCCCUCAAGCCCCAGGCAGCGUCCACAAAAUCCCAACCCAUGGAGCCCACUCCAGGACCCAGCACAGCUGCCAGCAUGUCUGUCCUGCUCCCCGUGGUCCCAAGUGCCCCGGCCGAAGGGCUCAGCACCGGGAACAUCUCUCUUCCAGUUGGACUCAUUGUGGGUGUGACAGCCUUGGGACUGCUAAUGAUAGGGCUGCUGAACUGUGUCAUCCUGGCCCAGAAGAAAAAGAAACCCUUCUGCCUGCCUGGAGACGCCAAGCCUCACCUGCCUGCUGAUAAGGCCCAGGCAGCUCCUGGCUCCGAGCAGCAGCACCUGCUGACCACGGCGCCCAGCUCCAGCAGCAGCUCCCUGGAGAGCGCGGCCAGCGCUUCGCACAGGGGGACGCCCACCAGGAACCAGCCACAGGUGCCGGGGAGGGACCAGCCCACUGGGUCUGGGGAGGCCCGUGCUGGCUCCGGGAGCUCAGAGUCCUCCCCAGGCGGCCACGGGACCCACGUCAAUGUCACCUGCAUCGUGAACGUUUGCAGCAGCUCUGACCACAGCUCGCGGUGCUCCUCCCAGGCCAGCUCCACGACGGGGAACGCGGACCCCAGCCCCUCCGGCUCCCCGAAGGACGAGCACGUCCCCUUCUCCAAGGAGGAGUGCCCUGUGCGGUCCCCGCGCGGGGCCCCCGAGACUCUGCUGCAGAGCCUGGAGGAGAAGCCCCUGAACCUGGGCGUGCCUGACGCCGGCAUGAAGCCCAGUUAACCAGGCCGGCAGGGGCCGCGUCGCCGCUGAGUGGGCUGGCCUCGGGGUCUCCCUGGCCCCCACGCCCAGCGCUCUGGCUCCUUCUAGGCCACGUUCCUUUAGUGGCCUCCACAGCCUGGCAGGCAGGGAGGAGGCAGGGAGAGUCAGAGAACCCCUCCGGUCAUGGGCAUCCUUCUCCCGAGGCUAGCUGGACGUGCUGGGCAGCCCCGCGGGUCCGGGUCCCUGCCGCUCUGAGCUGCCCCCUCGCUGGGCCUGUGGCCCUGGCUUCUGAAACCCUUGUUUCAUCCCUGGGCUCUGGCUCCCCGGGAGGUUCCAGCGUCCAGAGAGGCCGUGGGGGAGGAGGGCGCGGUGGGAGUCAUCC